CAAGAUAUGGAGUCAGUCAGAAGAUCAACAAGAAAACGGAAAUGUGUUGAUUACAACGACAACUACGUUACCCCAACUGGCGCUGUUAAUAACUUAAAUUCUCCAGAUUAUAACUCUUUACAAGGUUCACCACGUAUGUCCACCCAAAAAACGCCUCGUAAUGGCGAGAACGUGGCUUCAUUGGAACAUGCCCAAACGAAGAAAAAGAAAAAACUAAGUUUGGGUAAAAAUAAAUCUGGAACAUCAAACAAAGAUAAUAAAGAAAGUGAACUUAAUGAGAGAUAUGAAGGGGCCCAAGAAGUAAAUAUGGUAGUUAUUGUAGAAAAAACGCCUACUAUUGAUAGUGUUAAAGGCGACGAUUUAUUUGACGAUGGCGAAUUAAGCGAUCCUCCCGAUUUAGACAAGAACUUAGAAAGUGAUAACAACUUUAAACUUCAAGACAAACAAAACAAAAAAACGCCGGCUGUAAAACUAAAUGAUGAUACAGACGAUGAUACAUUUGCUUUUGAUGAUACUGAUGAUGGAAGUGAUUAUGAAGAAGGUUGUAAAAGUAAAUCAAAAAAGAAGAGUCUAAAUACGGGAAGAAAAGAAAAGUCGGCACCGGCAAAAGAAAAUGACGGAGCUAAAAAACGCAAGGACAAGAAACAAAUUGUCUCAACAAUGAAAACAACAAAUAUUUCUACACCACUUCAAACUAAAAACGCCUUGGGAGGAUUAAAGAGGAAAGCAAUAGGGAAAUCAAAUCCUCUAACACCAAAGUUUACUUCUGAUUCAAAGCCUUUUUCUGGACCCUUAAGUAAAGCACCUACUUUAGGUUUGUCACGCAAGUUGAAAGUAAAAUCACUCCACCCUUACUUAAAGAAACAAUGAUUUAUUUCAGGCAUGUAUUUUUUGAAAAUUGAUAACUGUUGAUAUAAUAUCAAUUAUUAACAGGUUGAAUAAAAUAGCAAUAUAAAUUCAUUUUUUUUUCUCAAAUUUUAUAAUAUUCAUGU